AUGAGUAGCUCUGAAGCUCCGUCUCACAACAUUUUCGUUUACGGCACCAUCCUAGAACCCGCCGUCGCCGCCGUGAUCCUUCACCGCGCCGCCGAUACCGUUCCCGCCGUUCUCCAUGGCUAUCACAGGUAUAAACUCAAAGGACGUUCGUAUCCCUGUAUUGUACCCUUUGAGGCAGGAAGAGUCAACGGAAAGGUGAUAACUGGAGUAACCGAUGCUGAGCUACACAACUUCGAUGUGAUCGAAGGUAGUGAGUAUGAGAGAGUAACAGUUGAAGUUGUAAGAACGGACAAUUCGGAGAAGAUGAAAGCAGAGACUUAUGUUUGGGUUAAUAAAGAGGAUCCUAGUAUGUAUGGAGAAUGGGAUUUUGAGGAAUGGAGAGUGAUUAACGCGGAGAAAUUCGUGGAGACGUUUAAGAAAAUAUUGGAAUGGAAUAAGAAUCCUAAUGGGAAGAGAUUAGAGGAUGUUGUAGAACCACGAGUAGUGUCUGAUGAUUGA